AUGGCAUCUGUCUCAGGUGAAUCUGUGGGUAUCGAUUUGGGUACGACGUACUCUUGUGUCGGUGUCUGGCAAAAUGAUCGUGUCGAGAUUAUUGCGAAUGACCAAGGUAACCGUACUACUCCAUCCUACGUGGCUUUUACGGAAACCGAACGUCUCAUUGGUGAUGCCGCCAAGUCGCAGGCUGCCAUGAACGCUGUCAACACUGUCUUUGACGCCAAGCGUUUGAUUGGACGCAAGUUCAGUGACCCCGGUGUCCAAGCUGACAUGAAGCAUUGGCCAUUCACUGUCAAGAGCGGAACUGGUGGAACUCCCAUUAUUGAGGUUGAGUACAAGGGCGAAAGGAAGGAUUUCAAAGCCGAAGAGAUUUCCUCCAUGGUUCUCGGAAAGAUGAAGGAAAUUGCCGAGGCGUACCUUGGAAAGGAAGUCAAGAAUGCCGUGGUGACUGUCCCUGCCUAUUUCAACGAUAGUCAGCGUCAGGCCACCAAGGAUGCCGGAGCCAUUUCGGGUCUCAAUGUCCUUCGUAUCAUUAAUGAGCCCACUGCCGCUGCCAUUGCCUACGGUUUGGACAAGAAGGGGGAGGAAAAGAAUGUCCUUAUCUUUGAUUUGGGUGGUGGUACAUUUGAUGUGUCUUUGCUGACUAUUGAAGAGGGAAUCUUUGAGGUCAAGGCCACUGCUGGGGACACUCACUUGGGUGGAGAGGAUUUCGAUAACCGCAUGGUUGACUAUUUCCUCCAAGAUUUCAAGCGUCGCCACCGCAAGGAUAUGUCUUCCAACCAGCGAUCCCUGCGUCGUUUGCGUACUGCUUGCGAGCGUGCUAAGCGAACUCUCUCCUCCAGCACUCAAGCUCAUAUUGAGAUUGAUUCCCUUUUUGAUGGAAUUGAUUUCAACUCCACCAUUACUCGUGCUCGUUUCGAGGAUUUGUGUAUGGAUUAUUUCAAGAAGUGCAUGGAACCAUGCGAGAAGGUCCUCCGUGAUGCUAAGAUUGCCAAGAACCAAGUCCAUGAGGUUGUCCUUGUCGGAGGAAGUACCCGAAUUCCCAAGAUUCAAUCCAUGCUUUCCGACUUUUUCAACGGCCAAGAGCCAUGCAAGUCCAUCAACCCCGAUGAGGCUGUCGCCUACGGAGCCACUGUUCAGGCUGCCAUUCUUUCCGGAGCUGACAAGAGUGAGAAGCUUUCUGAAUUGUUGUUGCUGGAUGUCACCCCACUUUCCCUUGGUUUGGAGACUGCCGGAGGUGUGAUGACGACUCUGAUCAAGCGAAACACCACCGUGCCAGCCAAGAAGACACAGACCUUCUCCACCUACGCUGAUAACCAGCCCGGUGUGUUGAUCCAAGUCUUUGAGGGUGAACGUUCCAUGACCAAGGACAACAACUUGCUUGGAAAGUUCAACUUGGAUGGAAUUCCUCCCAUGCCUCGUGGACAGCCCCAGAUUGAUGUUUGCUUCGAUAUCGAUGCCAAUGGUAUCCUCAACGUCUCUGCCUUGGAGAAGUCCACCGGAAAGGAGAACAAGAUUACCAUUACCAACGACAAGGGUCGUCUUAGCCAGGACGAAAUUGAACGCAUGGUUGCCGAAGCCGAGAAGUACAAGGCCGAGGAUGAUGCCAACAAGAACCGUAUUGAAGCCAAGAACGGUCUCGAGAACUACUGCUACAGUUUGAAGUCUUCCAUCAGCUCGGACGAAGUCAAGGACAAGAUCCCUGCUGAUGACAAGGCCAAGCUUGAGGGAGCCAUUGAAGACUCUAUCAAGUGGCUCGACGCUAAUCCAACUGCCGAAAAGGAAGAGUACGAGGAGAAGCAAAAGUCCCUCGAAGCCAUUGCUAUGCCCAUCCUUCAAAGCAUGGCUGGUGGUGCCGGCAUGCCUCCUGGUGGCAUGGGUGGUAUGCCGGACAUGGGCGGCGCUGCCGGAGGAGCCCCUCCUGCGGACGAACCCGCUGGCGGCCCCACCAUUGAGGAAAUCGAUUAA